UCUUUAUCUUUUUUUUCUAUUUUGUUUCUGUGGACCCUCUUCUCACAUUCCUUGCUUUUUUAUAGUUAGAAAAUUUACAUUCCCGUCAAUAUCGCGUCUUAUUUUCUAACCGGCAAUCUAUUAUAGAGGUGUUUCUUGGCUUGGCUUGUCUUCCUAUCUGUAUUUAUAAUAGCUAGUGCUGUCGCUAUAUCGUACCCUCUCUUCCCCUGAGGUUACUCAUGAUAUCUCAAACUCCCAAAUACUAAUGGCUACCUCGUUCAUAGCGAAGGCGGUGACCGCCUUUCUCCUCAUCACCGCAGGCUUCGCUUUACCUCAUGACUCACAAGGAGCAAAGUCUUUUCAAGCCAGAGAUAAACCUGAUCUCGUACAGCCCGUAUACCAGACUUUUCCCCUUGGUACGAUCAAGCCGAGAGGAUGGUUCAGGGAUCAGUUGCAGCUGGAGGCUAACGGGCUUGCGGGAAACCUGUAUAACUUCUACCGAUUUGUUCAAGACUCUAUGUGGAUAGGCGGUUCAUCGGAAUAUUCCGUUCUCCAUGAAUCCUCUCCAUAUUGGUUCAACGGUCUUGUACCUCUUGCCUUUGGUUUGGAUGAUGCAGGGCUUAAGAAGCAAGUUUAUUCCUACAUGGAUUAUGUCCUUGACCAUCAACAGUCUGACGGCUGGCUUGGACCCGAGACAACUCCCGAGUCUCGGGGCUUAUGGGCUCGUUGUUAUUUCUUGGUAGGGUUAAUGCAAUACGCCCAAGCGGACCCCUCACAGACCGACAGGAUCGUGGAUUCUAUGCAUCGAUACAUUCAGCUUGCUCAUAGUAUGCUGAAAGACAAUUUCACUGGCCUAAUUCAAAAAGAUGGCCAAGAUUUUGACGGCGAUGGAUUCGGCGCAAUGAGAGCCCACGAGAUGCAUAUUCCCCUGCAGUGGUUAUAUGAGCAACAUCCUCGUAAUAACUCGCAAGUAAUCUGGGAAACCAUGGAACUCAUGAUCGAAGGAGGCGCUCAAGCUAACAGUGACUGGAGAAAAUAUUGGGUAAAAGGAGUGUACCCCGAAGUUACAUACACGCCCAGAAAUGAACCUUUCAAAAAUCUUUUCAAUCAUGGCGUUAAUAUGGCAGAAGGCCUACGAUACCCUCUAGCGAUAUACCGAAUGAGCCACGAUGAAGCGUUAAAGACGCAAACCAGAACAGCGGUAGAUCUGUUAGCGCAAUAUCACAAGUCUUUAGCCGGUACCAUUGUCGGGGAUGAAUUCAUUACAGACCUUAACCCAAUUAGAGGGGCGGAAUUAUGCACUGCUGCAGAGAUGACUUUCUCGAUGGCAUACAUUUAUCAGUAUCUUGGCGACAAUGACUUAGCGGAUUGGGCAGAGCAGGUUGCAUUCAAUGCUGUGCCCGGAUCGAUCUUCCCAGAUUGGUGGUCGCAUCAAUAUGUACAGCAGGAGAACCAGCCUUGGUCACGUAACUUAUCGGUGUCUCCCGGAAUGUGGGUAAACGUUGGAUCUCAUGGUAAUGUAUUUGGCUUAGAGCCCAAUUACCCGUGCUGUACGGUCAACCACCCUCAAGCAUACCCGAAAUUUCUCGCAAACUCUUUCACUCUUACCGAAGAUGGGGGAAUUGCUCACGUGCAUCUCAUACCUGGAAGUGUUGCCACUUCUUUAGGUAACAAUAAGGUCACAAUCCAGGCCGAUACUAACUACCCCUUCGGAAUGAACAUAAGAUACACGAUUACUUCGUUUUCCGACUUUUCGUUUUAUGUCCGAAUCCCAGGCUGGGCGGAUAAAUCAAGUACCAUCACUCUCCCCGGAGGAAAAACCACACAGAUUUCCCCCUCUGAUCAGGGGCUUCAAAAGGUGGAUGUUGGUAGAGGCAUUAAUUUUGUUUCCGUCAACUUCAACACGGAACCGCGCGUGGUAACAAGAGCCAACAAUACUGCCGCAAUCUACUAUGGACCGCUAUUGUACAGUCUCUACAUCGAAGCCGAUGUAUCGGACACACCGCCGGUAGCAUUUAGCGGCGAUACCAUACCAUCAGCGAGUACUACGUCUCACACACACGACCAUGUAAUCGAGCCUGCAAGUACAUGGAACAUUGCUAUCGAUACGUCGCAGAUCAAGGUAGCUCAAGCAGAUGUGUCAACUUUAUCAAAUCCGAUCUGGGACCUUGGCGCACCACCAAAUGAGCUCCGUGUAGCCGCCGUCGAGAUCGAUUGGCCUCUCGAAUAUGACACCGCAGCCGAUCCACCUCUUGAACCCAAGAUAAUUGGCAAACCAUUUAGCGCGCGAUUUGUACCAUUUGGAAGCGCCAAGAUACAUAUGGCACAUUUACCUGUUGUUGAGAUGGCUAAGGUAGAAUUAUAAAGUAUAUGGGUGCGCGACGUAUAGGAUUAGAUAUAGCUCUUAGAAGGAUAGGAUAGAGCAUACGUGUUAGAUUACCUAGGUAUUCUUGUACUCAUUUGGAUCAAGUAUAAAUCAAUUAUUUUCACUUCAUAUUCAAUCCUAGUGUAUGAAAACUGGCCCUCAUUAUGUGGGUGGUUAGUUGCGAUAGGGGGCCAACCUGGCUUAGGGGCUGAGAACUAAUAUGUAAAGUUUACGCAGCACCCCAAAGAACAUUGUAGAUAGCACGAAUAGGGGUAAAAUAGGGGGUAAAAUAAGGGUAAGGCUUCCGUGAUAAUUAACUUAGGCCAGCAUAUUUAGGUAAACA